AUGAGCUGCAUGAAAGGCCCGCUGCACUUGGAGCACCGAGCAGCGGGGACCAAGCUGUCGGCCGCCUCCUCAUCCUCCUCCUGUCACCAUCCCCCGCCGACAGCCAUGGCUUCGGUCCUGGCUCCUGGUCAGCCCCGCUCCCUGGACGCCUCCAAGCACAGGCUGGAGGUGCACACCAUCUCAGACACCUCCAGCCCCGAGGCCGCAGAGAAAGACAAGAGCCAGCAGGGGAAGAAUGAGGACGUGGGCGCCGAGGACCCGUCCAAGAAGAAGCGGCAACGGCGGCAGAGAACUCACUUUACCAGCCAGCAGCUGCAGGAGCUGGAGGCCACUUUCCAGAGGAACCGCUACCCGGACAUGUCCACGCGCGAGGAAAUCGCCGUGUGGACCAACCUUACAGAAGCCCGAGUCCGGGUUUGGUUCAAGAAUCGCCGGGCCAAGUGGAGAAAGCGGGAGCGCAACCAGCAGGCCGAGCUGUGCAAGAAUGGCUUUGGGCCGCAAUUCAACGGGCUGAUGCAGCCCUAUGACGACAUGUACCCGGGCUAUUCCUACAACAACUGGGCCGCCAAGGGCCUCACGUCGGCCUCCCUGUCCACCAAGAGUUUCCCCUUCUUCAACUCUAUGAAUGUCAACCCCCUGUCGUCUCAGAGCAUGUUCUCCCCGCCCAACUCCAUCUCGUCCAUGAGUAUGUCGUCCAGCAUGGUGCCCUCGGCCGUGACGGGAGUCCCGGGCUCCAGCCUCAAUAGCCUGAACAACUUGAACAACCUGAGCAGCCCGUCGCUGAAUUCCGCGGUGCCCACGCCCGCCUGUCCUUACGCGCCGCCGACUCCUCCGUACGUGUACAGGGACACGUGUAACUCGAGCCUGGCCAGCCUGAGACUGAAAGCUAAGCAGCACUCCAGCUUCGGCUACGCCAGCGUGCAGAACCCAGCGUCCAACCUGAGCGCCUGCCAGUACGCGGUGGAUCGGCCCGUGUGA